AUCCCAUCGACCACGCGCCGCCGAUGGCUUCUUCGCCGACGACGGUGAGGGAGGUGGCGAGCGAGGGAGUGGCUGCGCCCACGGCGCCGGAGGCGGCGAGACAAGGGGAGGUGAAGCGGUCUUCGCCGACCGCAUGGGAGACGGCCAUGCUGCCGCUCAGCAUGGUCGCCGUUCAGGUGAUCGUCGUGGGGAUGUUGCUGCUCUCGAAGCUCACUCUCAGUGCUGGAAUGAGCCCCUUCGUCAUCCUUGUGUACCGCAACAUGAUCGCCGCAGCCGCCGUCGCCCCUCUCGCCGUCUACUUCGAGAGGGAAAUUUGGAAAGAGAUAAACUGGUCUGUAUGCUGCUGGAUUUUUGCAAAUGCUGCGUUUGGAGACGUCCUGGCAAUGGGCCUGUAUUUCUACGGGCUGCGGACGACCAGCGCUGCUUACUCUUCUAUCUUCCUCAACCUGAUCCCAAUUGCCACCUUCGUCACUGCGAUAGUGCUACGGGCUGAGAAUCUAGCACUGGGACAGUGGCCAGGAAAGAUGAAGCUGCUUGGCGCGCUGCUCUGCGUCGGCGGAACCAUGCUGGUAAGCCUGCUGAAAGGCCCGCCGCUGCAUCUUUGGCCCACCAACCUGCUCGGGUACUCCCAGGCACCUGCAGCCAACGCGACGGGUGCUCACCACAACAUGGUGGUAGGUACCCUCUGGUUGUGUGGCAGCUGCAUGAGCUAUGCACUCUACUUCAUCGUCCAGGAAAGGCUUGUGAAGGUGUUCCCGUCAACCUAUUGGAUGACGUCGCUCACGUCGCUGGUGGGGAGUAUUCAGGCCUUGGUGGUGGGUGUGUUCCUCGUCCGUGACAGAGCGGAAUGGAAGCUCCACUGGAACCUGGAGCUGCUGACUGUCGUGUAUUCGGGUGUACUCAACACCGGCCUCGCGUUUCUGCUGCUCUCGUGGGUGAUCCGCCGGAGUGGACCCAUCUACCCGACCAUGUUCAACUCAGUUUGCUUGGUUAUGACCACUGUUCUCGACUCGGUCCUCCUUGGCACCCAGAUCUACCUUGGGAGCGUUCUCGGGACAGUCAUAAUCGUGGUGGGAAUGUAUGCGUUCCUUUGGGGCAAGGGUACCGAGCUCAAGCGCGCCGCGAUGGCGAAGGCAUCACCGACCCAGGAGGCGUAGCAGGACCAGCUGAAAGGUGGACUAGGAGUAGGAUAAUACCCGUAGUCUUUGCCGCUUGUCAUGGUUGAUACAGUAACGUAUUGUAUGAGUUGCUGUAAACUGAUUGGAGACCAAGCACCCGGUGGUUACUCUUCCUUGCCCGUAGGUUGGACUUCUUCUCGAUACUGUACCUCCUUGUGUUAAGUGGAAUCUCAAGAAAUAAUGGGCGCAUAUAUGCCAGAGCCCAGAGGAAUUGGGCACAACAACUCCGAGCAUUGUUAUUGGAAAACAUUCAGUUUGAUGUAGGCAAGGAUGGAAGCAGAGCAUUGUUAUUGGAAAGCUCUUGGUAAGCUGUUUGGUUCCAGGAGAAUUUCUUUGUUCAC